CUAGCCGCAGCAGAUUUCGUCUAUAUCUAUAAUAAGGCCAAUUGGAGACUUUGCGGAGAUGGAAAACAAUAAUAAAGCCCAAGCCCAACUUGACAGUCUUAGCAAGCUGCCGGAUCACCUUCUACUCAACAUAUUGGAGAGGGUUGAAACGCUAGAUGCCUUGAGAACCUGCAUCCUGUCUAAGAGGAUGCUAAAGCUUCCCCCCAUGCUGUCGCUGCUUGAUAUAGAUAUUGGUUCCCUUGCGCGUUACCUCAAGCCCGAUGUCGACACCUUUACUCGUAUUUUUCAGUACAACAUUGCUGUGGCUGCUAUCACGGACAAGAUACUUGGUGCGAGGAAUCCCGAGAUCCCCAUCCGCAAGCUGAGGGUCAGGUUCUGUUUGAGGCAUGAUGAGUGCCUCUCCAUCAGCCAAGCUGUUGCCCGCACCAUGGCAACCCACAAGCUCCAUGUCGCUGAGUUUGUCGUCCUCACGGAGAAGACUAGUUGGAGAUGCACUCAACAUGAUCUCCUCUCCUUUGCCAAGCGGUUCAAUACUUGGUUUGGUGAUUGUCCAGCUGUGUUUGCUGGUCUCACGCACCUGUGGCUGCGCAAUUUGAGGUUUGGUCAACUGGACAUCCACAACAUCCUCAACACCUGCAAGCGCUUGGAAUCUCUGCGUCUCACCCAUUGUGACGCAGGGGUCCGCUCCGUGCUUCAAGUACAGCAUGCUCAACUUGUUGCGCUCCAGAUCGACUAUGGGGAAUUUGAAGCCAUCCAACUCAACUGUCUACCAAAACUCCAACGUGUCAAAUAUGUUGGUUGGUCUUACCAAGAAGAUCCCCUGAUUUUUGGUUCUGUCCCGCAGCUUUCAAAGCUAAUCCUUGGAAAAGUUGGUGUUAGUUCGACUAGUAAUAUUCAGUUAAGUCAGCUCCUUGCUAAUGUACCCUGGAUAACCGACCUGUGUCUGGAUUUUCAAAGUGAAAAGAUUUGGGUUUUACCUGAGUGCCCUAAACUGCUUGCACCUGUGCUUGGCAAGCUACAGAUUGCGAAUCUGGAUAAUCUUCCUCAAGGAUGCAAUAUUGAUUGGACCAUGUUCAUUCUUGAAGCUGCAAGCUCCCUAAAGGAGCUAUGCAUCACGGUGUGGGAUCAUUGGUGUGAAAUGGAGACAAACAAGGAUGUUCGAAGGAAAAAGGGUUACUGUGAGAAAGCAAACGUGGAGUGGCAACCAUCUGCUGUUCAUUUUAAGCACAAGAAUCUGGUUAAGCUCACCAUCUGCGGCUUCCAACCUGAGGAGAACUUUGUGCGGUACAUUAGGCGUGUCAUUGAAAUCGCGGCGAACAUGAAGGAGAUAUCUCUGUACGACUGGCAGGUGUGCGAGGACUGCGGUGACUUGGAUCCCAAUAUCAAGGUCUGUCCUUCUCGGUAUCCACGGACCACUGAGGAGAAGGAUAUGUUGAGGGAGGAGAUUACUAAGGAGUUGCCGAUGGCUUCGCCUGCUGUGAUUCACUUCAGGUCCUAAUUAAUAAUUGAAGAAUAAGAUGCAUGGUGUCAUCAGUAAAAUCUAGAUUCCAUGUAAUCAUUCAUGGCAUAUGUGCUAUGUAGCUGCAAGGAGCUUCUGUGCUCGCUCCAUAAUUCAGUAGUCCUGUAUUUGUAUUAUUAUUUAUUUAUCCCUCAACUGAAGCUUGUACUGAUGCCUUAGGGCGAAAAUAGUUAUUAAUAAAUGUUUCCAAGGUUGUGUUUUC